AUGGGAAGAUCAGUCUCACGGUCGACGUUCGAGGGAAGUACGGACGACUUGGGCGGCAGGGAGAAGAGUGGCGAGAGGGGGCAGAGUAGAGAGAGGGAUAACAAUGGCCGAGAGAAAGAGGGGUUCACGAGGUGGAGGAGAAUCUCACUGGUGAAGAAGCACAGGAGUUCGAAAAGUAUUCCUGUGCAAGAACUGGAGGGACUUCCGGGGCGACUCAGCGCGAGGUCGUCGAGUACGGCGUUGCCUUUGCCACAAAUCUCUGGGCUUCCAAGUUCGGGAUCACAGAUGCAUCUAGGCCUACUACCGCCAAUACAACUCGAUCCCCCUUCGCCGAACCAUCGUCGUAAUGGAAGUGGGACGGAAGUUUCGCUUUCGUCACCGAUGGAGGAGCGGACUACCGACUCGUUGCUUCUUCGCCCUUCCUCGUCUCUCAGUAAAUCAUCGUUGACGCAACUUCGCCCAUCUCCUUCAAUUUCACCAUCGUCCUUGAAGUCGACCGCACCGGCGUUGCAACAGACUUCAUCUCUUGGUCGAUCAACACCUGUCCUUGUUCCGAGUCUACCUGGCGGCAGCAGCAGCAGUCAUGCUCUGAGCGUGGCUCCUAAUGUUUCGCCGUCCGCUGGAACGAUUGUGCCAAGGCGGAAUUCGUUGGGCGAUUUGAAGAUCCCUGCGAGGAUCAGUCAGGCGCAGGUCGGGCUGAAGCGAGAUCUCGGGAUGGUGAGGGAGUUUGCCAGAAGUGUGGAGAGAUUGAAGGAACUGUUGAACAUCUAUCAUAGCCUCGUGGUCGAACUUCAGGCGAUCAUCCUGACCAUUCCGCGAUCCCCCUCCCGCUCCGGCACCUCCUCUGCUCUGCCCAUACCUGUCGCCAUUCCCUCAAGACCUGAAGGGUUCUUGAACGUAACGCAUCGUCGCGCACGCUCGAACACGAACCCUUCGUCAGCGCCACAUACCCCUGCCGAUGACCCACAGCAAUACUUCCUAGGCCUCUAUCACGCAAUCGACGCCCGUUACCAAAUCAGCUGGGAAUGCGCCGAGCUGCUUAUUGAGCUUGGAAGUGGCUCAGUGGCCACUGCAGGUCCUUUGAGCUCAGCAUCCGCGUCAGCAUCGCCUUCAGCCAGGUUGUCGCCACCCACGAAAAGCAUCAGCGUUCCUCCAAGCAGUGACCAUCGAAAGAUCGAAUUUGGUGACACUGUGCCCAGGAAGCCUCCUUACCACCGCGAACGCGCUAUCACAUUGACUGGAGACGAGUCCAAGCCAGCUCCGCCUACAUUCGCGAGUCAACAACACCUUCCGCCGGCAUCGAUUCUCGUGAACCCGAAUUAUGCAAGCGUGACUACUCCAUUGAAAACACCGAAUCCGGGAUGGAGAGCGUCGACGGGACGGAACGAUCUUUCGCAGAGACAAUUGUGGUUGUUGAGGGACAUGUUGAAUAGUGGGAAUAAUUCGUCGGAGGGGUCGCCUUCGGGUGGUGAGAGUGUACGGAUUCCGAGUGAGACGAGAAUCGUGGAAGAGAAUUGCGGCACUAGUGUCAAUCGUGGGUGGAAGUGGGGCGCGGAUCCGAUGGGCUCGACUGUGACGCUACCUUCCGAAGAAUCGGCGAUGACGGGCUUGCCUUCGUCGUAUAAUUCUGCGACGGGGAUUCCUGCUGGUGCUGCCCCCAUUGUGACAUCUCUCGAGAAGAAGCAACGAAGGAUGUCGAGGCUAGGAAUGAGUGGCUUGAGGGAUAUGUUGAAGAGUCUGACGAAGAAUGUUGGGACUGGAGGUGUGAUGGGACUUCCUUCCGCGGCGAUCAGUACCGAGUCCUCCUUGGACAGUCACGGACAAGGUGUACGUCCCCCUUCGCGAUCGGGUGGUCAAUCCAUCUCUGGCAAAUCGUCAACACGUCGACGGGCGAGAACAUCCACCGGUCCUGAGUUAACGUCUUCGUCUAUCAGAGCCACUUCCCCUCCGUUUAGUCAUUCCUCGUACACGAGUGGGUCUACCAGUACACCUCGACGGCCCUCUCUCGCCUCGAUUUUUAGGUUCUCGCAGAAGUCGAAGUCAGGCUCCGGGGACUCUACACCUAGUAACCCCGACGCCCCUCCAGUCCCUCGAACUCAUGCCCAUACACAAGAGUCGUCGGGGAGUGAAAGCAACUCCGGUAGUAGUGCGUGGGACUUGAAAGAGGGUAAGCACGGGGAUGACGAGGAAGAGGAGGAAGAUUGGGAUCGUGUGGAGUCGUCGGAGGAUGUGGAGAUGGACGCGAAGAUGUUGGGUAUGAGCCCCAGCUCUACUCUCUCGGGCGGUGGAGGUAGUGACGGGUCCGCUACGAUUCGAGGGCGCAAGUCUAUGUCUCCUUGGAAGAGGAAGAGCAAAGCCAAGAGCAAGGACCAGAACUCGCUCCAGGAGCUGGCGAAUGUCUAUAAGAGACCAGAGCAGGCUUCUUCUUCGUCCUCUUCGCUCGCGAUGUGGGCAGAAUCGGCUGCAGCCAUGUCACCUUCUACGCCACCUCACAUUCCACACGGAUUGCCGGUACCUCCUCCUUUGAUGACGUCUGGGUCGUUGUCUCAUGCGAGUUCGCUCUCACGGCCUACUCGGUUAUCGAAUGUUGAGGAGACUCCGGGUGAAUCCAGCGGGAGUGGACUGGAUCUGCAUAUAUCCACUCCGAAGUCGAAGGGUGGACGACAAGACCGAUCGAGAUCCCGACACAGUCCUCAUCGACCUUCCUCUCGCACCGGCGGUGGAAGCGGAAGUCGAAGGAGCACAGUCACUGGUUCGGUACGGUCAGCACCUUCAGGCUUGCAGGAUGCGCUAUCUUCGUCGACGUCCACGGCCGUCGGUAACCCGAAGCUAGCGAUGACCCCAGAGAAUAUCAAACCGUUAUUGGAGAAUGCAAAGGAGGUGCAUGCGAGGUGUGAGGAGUGCAUUGUGGAGAUAAAAGACCUACUGGCCGCUAGCCAAGGUGAGGUCGGGAUAGGUAUAGCGUCGUGA